AUGUCCAACUCCGCUGCUGAUGGCAUCGAACGCAAACCUGGAACUUUAUCCAAAACUUCAGUCUCAGGUGGAAAAUCUGUACGAAAACGUUCCACCGGUGAUCCACAAGGUGCUGGCGCCGUGGAUGAGGAUGUAUUUCGACAGUCCUUUAUACCGUCCAUGUCAAUCACUGCAUCUUCUCCCAAAGAGCUUACGGAGAUCAUAAAUCGUAUAAAAGAUGCACUUUCUGGGAAUCCUGAAGAAUGGGAAAAACGUGUAGAUGCGUUAAAAACAUUACGUGCUAUAGUUGCCAAUGGUGCUCUGCAAUACGAUGAAUUUAUUCCCUUAUUAAAAACUUUGGAAAAUUCCAUAGAUCUUUCCCUGCGUGAUUUAAGGUCUUCAGUUGUACGAGAAGCAUGUAUAACAGUCGCCUUUUUAUCUCAAGAAAUUCGUAAUCGUUUUGAUCGUUUCGCUGAGAGUGUUUUACAAACAAUCAUCGCGUUAUUAUCUAAUAGCGCUAAAGUUAUGGCAACCAGUGGAGUGGUUGCGAUGCGAUUUAUUUUAGAGAAUACAUGUUCUUCUCGUCUUCUCCCCAUUCUCAUUUCUUCAUUAUCAUCCAAGUCUAAUGUUACCAGAAAAUGCAUUUGUGAAUUCUUAGAAAUCAUUUUCCGAACCUGGCCAUUAAAUAUUCUUGAAAAAAAUCUCUCUGUAUUGCAAGAUGCACUAAGGCGAGGUAUUUCAGAUGCAGAUCAGGAAGCUCGAUUAUUUACUAGACGUUCAUUCCCAUUAUUUGUUGCUAAAUUUCCUGAGCAAGCGAAUUUAUUUUUACAAAAUCUUGAUCCUCAAAAACGUAAACUAAUUGAAAAAGAUUUGAUCGCUGCAGGAUUAUCAGAAGGGUUUGGUGCCGGUGAUACUGCGACAACUGGAUCAUCUCGGAGUCAACCUGGUAGUCAGUCAAAUUUAACUUACCAAAGUACCAGACGACCAACUCGACCUGUAUUAGGCACUAGCUCAUUAGCCAAUAAUACAAAUCGCAGUCGUCCACCAUUAACUAGUCAGAAUGAGUAUAAUACCGUUGGUCGUUCUUUCCGUCAAGGAUCAAUUGCUUCAAAUUACGACGGUCGUCCACGUCAGAUUGGGAGAAAACUUGUAUCACAGUCACAGCCUACAAGUCGUGAAGUUUCACCAUCACGUCUAGCCUAUUUCACUGCCUAUGGUACCACUGCAUCUAAUAAUAAUGAUGGACAAAAAUUACAAUUCAAUACAACUAAUACUAAUCGUAGUGGUACAAUAGGAUUUGUAGAUAAUAAUAAUAAUACUACAGAUCGUACUACACGUUUAAUCAUGAAUUCACGUGUUCCACGUAGUCAAGGCGCUAGUCGAGAAACAUCACCGACAAGAUCUACUGCAAGCGGUUAUACUAUGCCUUCAUAUCAGCAUAAUAAUAAUUUUCAAUUAACUGGUACGAAUCAAAUUGGACAAAUGAAUUACCGGAGACAACAACAGCAAAGACCAUCUCUUGGUACUUUAAGUGAUUGUGCUGACCUCGGCGAUGGACCUUUAUAUGGUCGACAUUACUCAACUGGAAACAGUCGUGGUCCAUAUGGCUCAGAUGAUAACUUCAGUGAAACAUCAUCACAGUGUUCUGAACGUUCAGGUCGUUCAGUACCCGGGUACAGGCGCCAGUCCUCAAGUAAAGUGACUAGUAAUUUAAAAGAAAUCAUUUCUCAACUUCAAGCUGUUCAAUGGUCUGACAGAAAAGACGGCUUAACAAAUUUACAGAAUUAUAUGCGUUCUGGUUAUCCGUUAAAUCCUGACGAUAUUCACUGCUUAACUGAAAUAUUUUCUAAAAUGUUUGCGGAUUCUCAAAGUAAAGUUGUUAGUUUAUUUAUGGAUACAUUACAAUUCUUUAUUAAAGAAUAUAAUCCAUUACUUCGUGAUUGGCUUUACACUCUAUUAAUACGUUUGUUGUAUCGUCAAAGUCAUGAGGCUUUGAGCAGUCAUCAGAAAGCAAUACAAGAAACACUUUUUGUUCUCAGAUCUCACUUUCCUUUGAAUUCGCAAUUCAGUAGUUGCUGUCAUUUUAUUAUGGAUAAUGCACAUACACCAAAUUUUCGUGUUAAAACUUGUCUAUUAGAAUACAUGAAAGAUCUAAUUUUAAUGAUGAGUCCAGAUUUGAUUGCUAAUCCAUCAAAUGAAGUUAUUAAUGCAAUUGGAAAAAUUAUCAGUUGGUCUGCUGAACCAAAAUCAGCCGAUGUUCGACGAAUGGCUUCCCGUGUUGUUAUCAAAUUGUUCGAUUUGAAUUCCACAAGUUUCUCUAACUUAUUACAAUCACUGCCUCGUGGAGUACAAGAUCGUGCACAUGAAGUAUUAAAAACUUAUCAAAAGACUGCUACAGGUGGUGGUCUAAUCAAUUUAACCGACACUAAUCACAAUUCUCCUUCAUGGAAAUCAUCAUCUGCUGAUCAAGAUCAUAUGAUUUUUUCACCACCAAGUAGUGGACGAUAUGGAUCAAUCUCUGGACCAUAUUAUUCUUCACAGCGUUCUCAUAACUCUACUGGCAGUGACAGUGGUCGAGUAAGCCCUGAAAGUAUGAAUCGUAUUAUUCGUGAAACAACCGAUGGCCUUCAAUCACUUUCAGUUGGUGCGAGUGGGGGUGGUAUUCCAACGUCAGCGAUAACAAGUCCAACACGCAGAGUAUCUGCUGAUCCCAGCUUUACAACUAACGAUUAUACAUAUGCUACAAAUGGUAAUACAGGUGUAUUACGUACUGUUCAACCAAAUAAUUUUCUUAAUUCACAACCAACAUCAUUACAGCCACCUAAUAUUAUUCCAUCUAAUGUAAAUCAAUGUUAUGCUUCCUCACAAGGUACUACUGCUUCUAAUGACCCAACACUGCAGUCUACAUAUGGGUUACGUACAAAUAAAGCUCUUUUAAAUACACUUAUCAAUUAUGAUCCUGGUGAUGGACCAAAAUUAAAAAAACCUGUAAUUGGUUAUCAGACGUUAAAAAAAAUACGCGAAAUGCCCCCAGAAGAUAUCAUGUCUGAAAUACUCCAGGAAUUAUCGAAUCACAAUGAACGCUAUGAACAAAGAAAGACAUGUAUGUUAAAACUUAUCAAAUUAUUACGUGAUGGUGUUAUCAGUAAUUGGGAUGAAUAUUUCAAGCCAACUUUGUUAAUUCUCCUAGAGACAUUAGGUGAUGAUGGACAUGAAACAAGAGCACUUGCACUUCGUGUACUUCAAGAAUUAGUACGAGCUAAACCGGAAUUAUUUCAUGAUUUCGCUUAUUUAUUUGUUAUUAAAGUACUUGAAGCCUGUCGAGAUAGUGAAAAAUCUGUUAUUCGAGCUGCAGAAGAUUGCGCCAAUACAGUAGCACAAAAUCUUCCACAAGAAUUAUGUCUCAAUGUAUUGACACCGUUAAUAAAUGAUUCACAACUACACAUUAAUUUACCAGCAAUUAAAAUGCAAAUGCAAGUUAUACAAAAUUCUUCGCCGGAAUUAGUACAUGAAUUUAUUAAUGCAUUAAUUCCUGGACUUGUAAUUGCUUGUAAUCAUGAAGAGAGUGCCAUUCGUAAGGCCAGUGUGUUUUGUCUAGUUGCAAUAGCUAUGAAACUUGGUGAUGAUAUCUGGAGUUAUUUAACUGAAUUAAACGCUGGCAAAAAACGCCUUUUGAAACUCUAUAUUGACCGUCAACAAAGUUCAGCCACAUCUGAAGAUUCAAUUACAACCAGAAGUUGA